GGGGUUCGCUGUUGCGGUUCACAUUAACGUUGUCAGCCUCAUUCCUACUUAUCCAGCUGUAUCUGUACCGUGACCCGUCUACCUUGAGCUUCCCUAAUGUAGUCAUUCAUCCAAUUUGGUAAGUUCCGUGGACGAGAUAGUGCUGAUCUUACAGAUGCAUCGAUGAUCACCUGCGUGGUAUAAGUAGCAACGCUUGCUUCGAGUCCUUUUCAAUGCUCAACGUGUGCAUGCCCCCGCCCAUGGUUUUCGGCAAAGUCGACUCGUAGAUCUGACACAGCCUUUGAAGAUUUGAACGUCAUGGACAUCUCCGUUGUACCCCCAAGCUCGUCGUUUCCCCCUUCUCACAUAUCGCGGCUCCCUUCAGAGCUAUUAACAAAUAUAUUCUUGCGCCUUGCCCAUGCAUGUCGACAUGAGGCAAGAGCCAUGGAUUGCUAUAGUCAUCAACCAUACGCUUGGCUUCCGGUCACUCGCGUUUGUCGCUUUUGGCACGACGCAGCCCUCCAAUGUCAUUCAUUAUGGGCUUUCAUCGACGUAUCUUAUGAUGCUUUGGAAUGGCUUAAAGUGCUGUUAGUGAGGUCUGGAAGGGUCCCACUCGUCGCAAAGCUUAACGAUUGGGAUCCGCCAUACGAAGAUCAGUCGGAUCAGGUCAUUCUGGAGCUUGUGUUGCAGGAACUACCUAGAAUCGUGAAGCUCGAGGUCGAGAUUACGGCAUCACUUUUGACAAAGCUUGAAGCGUUAGUUCAACAUCCACCCCCAAUGCUGCGAUCCCUGAGCCUCAGAAAGAUCUGCAUCAAUGGAGACGACCCUCUCCACGAGCAAGGGCACUUUCCUCUCAAUUUUGACCUGCCUCACCUUCGUUCCCUCAAAGUAUUCCGUUUCAAGUUCUCAGAAGCGAAGACAUUAUUUCGACCCUCAUUACGCAAGCUUGUGCUCGAUGCGACCGAGUAUCCGCCUCUACGCGAAGUGUCGGAGUGCAUACGAGAGCUACCUCCUUAGACCUGCUUGCAUUCGACUCCUAUGAUAGCGAUGCUAAGUAUCCAAAGGACUACGAACCUGUCGCUUUGAAUCAUUUGCGAUGGUUACAUAUCGAUGGCAGCCAUCACUACGCUCGGUUCCUGGAUAACCUCGAGGUCGCACCAGGAGCAUCGGUGUUCUUUGAAAUGGCGACUGUCGGCCUGUUGAGUGGAGUCGAAGCCGACGACAUCGAUAUGAUGACUUACCGUGCUGUAAUGUUCUGUGGUCUACCAAAUUACGAUCUGAAGCUGCCCCCGUCCCGUAUGCUGCGAUCUAUGGUUGUUCAGGUCAACCCGGCGGAUGAAGGAGUGAUAAUAGAGAUACGAGGCUGGGAUGUUGUCUUUCCUCAUGACGAAUUCGCAUUGGCAAUUGGACGGCCUCAUUCACUCCCCCGACCAUUUCUUCAUCUCAAUCUCGCAAGUGCCUUUAUGCAUAACGACGUGGAAGGGCUAAUGCAUACCACUCGACACUUCGAUUUCCAGGAGCUCCAAACGUUGCUUUUCGUUUUCAACUCGGAAAGUCGUGUGUACAACCGUAUAGGGCAUGAAUUAGCAGACAUAUUCGAUACUGACAGUAUCGAAACACUUAUCGUGCCAGAUUGACAUACAGGAGAAUUGGCUGCCCUGAUCACAACAGGUGACUGUGACGUUUCCAUCCAUUCUCCGGAUGACCCAUCGCCUUCUGAAUUUACGCCAAUGCCAUUUCCGCGUCUCAACACCCUGGUCACCUACCGUCUACGAUGGGGCGAUGAUGAUGAAGGCAUCAGUCCCUCACCGCUACCACUUUCCACGGCUCUGAAGUAUCGGGCCAAGCACAAUGUUGGGAUAGAGACCAUAUGCCUUCGUGGUUGUGUAUCAGACGUCAAUAGGGAGGACCUCGAAGAAGCGAUGGCGGUUGUCCCUAACUUCACGUGGAAUGUGAAGGAGGUGACAGACUGACAGCGAUUGGCCAUCCAUCAUCUACUCUGUGUCAUCGUCACUCGGGCAGGUAGAAUAGGCCUGCCGUAUUUUCGAAUAGCAGAAUUGAAUUCUGGAAGUGGAUGUCUAGCAUUAUGCGAGAAAUUGGACUUGCAUGUAUCCAUGGCUGUCUGACUGUAGCAUUGCAACAAAGAGAUAGGCUACUAAAAUAGCUUAUUCAUCUCAUUAACAAAUACCAAGUUUAAAGAGU